UCAUUUGCCUGUGGCGCAGUCCGCUGGCAGCGCUGGGAGAAUCGGCUGAGGCGAUGGGAGACCCCGUGGGUGACGUGAACUCCAACCUGCUGAUACCGAGCUCCACCGGGGAUGCGGAGCUGGACGCCGCGGUGUGGCGGUGGCUGCGCUGGGAUAAGAACCUGAAAACCAGAGAUCAGAUCGGGAGCCUGCUGCAGGAUGGGAAGAACAAGGAGCUGCGGGAGCGGCUGUGCUCCCGGAUGGCAUUCGGCACGGCUGGCCUGCGCUCCCCCAUGGGGGCCGGCUUCUCCAGGAUCAACGACCUGACCGUCAUCCAGACCACGCAGGGAAUGUACCACUAUCUGGAGAGGAGCUUCCCGGAGCUGAAGAGCCGGGGCCUGGUGGUUGGAUACGACACGCGGGGACAAGCGAGCAGCAACUGCAGCAGCGAGAGGCUGGCAAAGCUGACGGCGGCGGUGCUCCUCAGCCAGGGCGUGCGGGUCUACCUGUUCUCCAGAUAUGUCCCCACGCCGUUUGUGCCGUACGCUGUACAAAAACUGCGAGCCGUGGCCGGAAUCAUGAUCACAGCUUCUCACAACCGCAAGGAGGACAACGGCUACAAGGUGUACUGGGAAAACGGAGCUCAGAUCACGUCGCCCCAUGACAAAGAGAUCCUGAAAUGCGUGGAGCAGUUCCCGGAGCCCUGGGCCGACUCCUGGAGUGUGAAUCUAGCCGACACGAGCCCGCUCAUGAGGGACCCCCUGCAGACGAUCGUCGACCGCUACAUGGAAGACCUCCGGACGGUCUGCUUCCACAGGGAGCUGAACCAGAAGACGCGGCUGCGGUUCAUCCACACGUCCUUCCACGGAGUCGCUCACGAUUACGUCCAGUCAGCCUUCCGAGCCUUCGGCUUUAACCCUCCGAUUCCUGUCCCCGAACAGAAGGAGCCGGACCCCAAUUUUUCAACUGUGAAAUGUCCCAACCCCGAGGAAGGCGAGUGCGUGCUGGAGCUGUCUCUCAGGUUGGCAGAGAAGGAGGACGCCCGGGUGGUGGUGGCCACGGACCCUGAUGCCGACCGACUGGCCGUGGCCGAACUACAGGACUCGGGCUGCUGGAAGGUGUUCACCGGGAACGAGCUGGGCGCCCUCCUCGGGUGGUGGAUGUUCUUCUGCUGGGACAAGUCAGGUUCCACCUGCAAAGUCCAGGACGUCCACAUGCUGGCCACGACCGUCUCCUCCUCCAUCCUGCGCGCUGUCGCCUCCAAAGAAGGCUUCCAGUAUGAGGAGACUCUGCCGGGAUUUAAAUGGAUCGGGAACCGGGUGAAGGCGCUGCUGGACCAGAACAGAACCGUCCUGUUCGCCUUUGAGGAAUCUAUCGGCUACAUGUGUGGGACGGCCGUGCUGGACAAGGACGGAGUGAGCGCGGCCGCUGUUGUUGCGGAGAUGGCGACGUUUCUGGACAGCGUCGAUAUGAACCUGGCACAGCAGCUCGUCCAGAUAUACGAGACAUACGGUUAUCACAUUUCACAGACGUCUUAUUUCCUGUGCCACGAUCCUCCCACCAUCAAAAGGAUAUUUGAACGGCUGCGGAAUUACAGCGGUCCUAAGCAGUACCCGCAGGCUUGUGGGGUGUACGGCAUCCUUCAUGUGCGGGAUGUAACGAUGGGAUACGACAGCAGUCAGCAGAAUAAGAAAUGUCUGCUUCCGGUCAGUAAAAACAGUCAGAUGAUCACCUUCACGUUUCAGAAUGGAUGUGUGGCUACCAUGAGAACAAGCGGCACAGAACCAAAGAUAAAGUACUAUGCUGAGAUGUGUGGGGUCCCUGGCCAGGGUGACAGGUCGUUCCUUGAGCAGGAGCUGAAGAAGGUCAUCUGGGCUCUGGUGGAGGAGUUCCUGGAACCCAGUAAGAACGGCCUGAUCUGGAGGGCGUAAUCUGUAUGAGGAUGCCCGGCCCCGGCAUCUCCGACCCUGCUCUGUGCAGCCUCCAUGUUACACGUCAGCAGCGCAGAUCAGCCGGAACGGCAGUGAAAUAACGUAAAACUGUCCAGACAUAUUCAAUGCAAAGCUCUUCCAUGUGUGAUCCUGCUACAAAGCAUUGUGGGUAGUGUCUGUGGUAACUGCUGCAGGGCGGGUGCGUGAUACAAUGGACGAGUCGUAUCGUUACUCUGUGGACACGUUUCUUAAAGUGACAGUGCACCCCCCCCCCAGUUUAAGGUUUAUCAGUUUGACGUUGUUUGUGUUUGGUUUGUCCGCUUACGACCAAAUAACUUUUCAUGUCUUCGUUGGAGAGACGAGACAGCGAUCUCUGCCGAACUUUCCAGCGUUCUAUAAGGGAUAUGGUCGCAGGACUGGUGCCCCUUAAAUAUCAAAGCUUACCAAAUAGGUGACCAGUGAAUAUCCCCUAUCAAGGCGCAAUUUAUAGGGGCAAGGCCAUAGACCAGGGGCCAGCAACCUUCGGCACUCCAGCUGUUGUGAAACUACAAUUCCCAGCGUGCUCCAUUCAUGUCUAUAAGAGGUCUUAGAAGAACAGAGCCAGUAUGCAUGUUGGGAGUCGUAGUUUCACAACAGCUGAAGUGCGGAGGUUGCCUACCCCUGCCAUAGAUGUUAGAAUUGUCUGGAGCAUCAUGGGAAACAAGGGAACCUGUCUAGUUUACUUAGCAAAGAGAUGAGCGUCGCCAGAUGUGCUGAGCCGGACAUGCGGCUAUGGAGCGCAGCGGCGUCUGCAUUACCACUGAGCUUUCAUAAGCGGCCAGUCCUAGCAAGUGUUCUUUCAAAAGUGCGCCCACUAGUGGCAGCCGCCUUUGUGAAGGGCGGAGCUUACACUGAUGAGUUCUACCCAUAGGGACCACGAAUGGCGUCCGCAGCCUCACAGAACGCAGGAGGUCAUUGCGUGGACAUGACACGACCACCUAAAAAAGUGUCACUUUUCUGUAGUUUUGUUCCUGUUAUGUGUUAAUUUUAUUGUGUUUGUUUUUUUUGUUUUUUUUAAUCCCAGUGGAAGCGCCACGAGCGCUGGCGCAGGUCCGGACGCUGGGUCUUCUGGCCGCUAUGUCACAUUCGUUUUGUUGUGCUGCUCGGAGCUUCUCCUGUGGCUGGAGAAAGUAGUAUUUUUUUUUUUUUUUUUUGCCUUUUGAGCUUUUUGGUUGUGUUGAGGGAAUGGUCGACUGGGAAUCCAAACUACAACCCCCAGCAUACAGGGAGUAGUAGUUUUGCAGAAGCUGGAGGGCCGCAGGUUGGAGACCACUGAUCCAGACUUAACCUGUUGUGGGACUGUUGAAAACUGCAUGACGGGGCGAACUCUGAAGGACCGGUCCAGACUUGUGGAGGUGAAGAUUUCUAAUAGACUUUGGGGAAGAUUGAUCAAAACUGGUGUAAAGUAGAACUGGCUUAGUUGCCCAUAGCAACCAAUCAGAGUCCACCUUUCAUUUUCCAAAGAAGCUCUGAUUGGACGCCAUGGGCAACUAAGACCGUCUUCUUUUAUACCAGUUUUGAUAAAUCUCCCCUUUAUGUAUCAAUUCCUUACCGUUUUCAAGAUCUCUGCUUGCUGCCAGUGUCAGGGUGUAAAGAGCUGCCCCCUGACCUAUUCCUGAGGGUUUGGUACAGUGUAUGAGCCCACUCUGUGAACAGCGCAGAUCACUCCUGGCCCAUAUGCUUGCUGCAGUGUUUCAGCGCAGGUGAAAUGUGUAGGACUGGAGUCCAGCUACCGCUGACACAUUGUAACCCACCCUCAGCUGUGAGAAGGAGUUUCCAGCUUUGGGCCGGACCUGUGCCCCUCAAGCCCCUGAACGUAAAGAAAGACUUUCCCGUCCGCGGUCCUGCUGCUCCGCUCCCAGUCUAUGCAGGACCCGGAGGUGGCUGGGUCCCGUGACCGCUGCUGCCAAUCACAGGCCUUGGCGUUCAAGAUGCCGUGACCGCUGAGGCCCGGGAUGGCCAGCAGUGUCCAUGGGACCCUGCGGGGACUGAAAGUCAAUGUGAAUGGAGCAUCGGCAGGACUUUUUUUCCCUUAAGGUGUAUAUAUAUUUUCAUGUUCAGUGCCACAGCUACGGACCAAAGGGGUUGUCUGCUCCAAAUCUGGACAGCCCCUUUUAAAUAAUGUCAGUGAAUGGAAGCAGUGAGCCAUGAAGAACACAGACCCAGUGUCCAGGGCAGGAGACAGGCGCGGUUUGUGGUGUUGCCCACAGUUCUACAUUGUGACAAAUACUCAGCUGUGCAGACGGGAAUGUAUCAGCCUCUGAAUAGUAAAAGUGUUUCCAAUCACUGACAGCAAGCAGAUUUCUUGAAAAUGGCUAACUGUUAAUGAUAUGGUGAUUAUGGUGGAAUGGGACUGGGCCGGUCCUCCCUGGGGUGCUCCCGGUCCCUCAUUCUUCUGAGCGGUGAUUCUGGCGCAGUCCAUCCCUCUCCGCUCUCAUAUGCGACAUCAGAUAUGAAACGCGUCGGCUCUGAGCAUCCACUACAUGGAUCACAUCGGACGUGAUCUUGCUGGUGUUCUCUGCGCUGUAUAUCCAGUACAAUCCUUCCCCGCCACAGGAAGAACCACUGCAGAGCCCACAUCAGAAGUAUAAAGCUGCUGCGUCAGUCCGCCCUGGAGAGGCAGCUCCACCAGUGUACAGGUGAAAUCCACACAUAAUGUUCUCUUGUACUCCAGUCACAUCCAGAGCUGCAUCCACAGCCACAUCACAUCGUAUACUCCAGUCACAUCCAGAGCUGCACCCAUAGCCACAUCACAUCUUAUACUCCAGUCACUGCACCCACAUUCACUUCGUGUUAUGCUACAGUCACCACCGAAGCUGCAUUCAGAAUAAUGGCUAUUUAAUGAUUUCUAUACACUAAGAAGCAGCUGCAUUGCAUUGUGGGAGAUGUAGUGUUUGCACCACUCACUGUACAUGAUUAUAGGAUAAGCCAUGGUGCAUUGUGGGAGCUCAGCCAAGCUAUUCAGUCAGCUAAAAGAAUUUUGAAUGCAGCUCUUGAUGUAACUGGAGUGCGUAGCUCCACACCAGUACAAGCUGUGGGCACAGGGGAUAUCGCAUGUAGCUUUGACCUGUCUGUUGGUAGUAGGAGCUUGGUGGCUCUUCGGGUGGUUGACCUCUCAAUGUCGGAGUAACCACUCGUCACUGCUCUUGAGGAUGCCCGUGGUCAGUCGCUGGGUGUCUGGGCGCGCUGUGCCCGUACAGUGACCGGGCUCCAUGUGUCCCUAUUGAAGCUUUUUGCACUGUGAUUCAUAAUGGCUUCCCCGAGGUCUGGAGAGGCGGCCGGCCCGGGGUUGUAUUGCACUAUGUCUCAUUGCACUAUGUCUCGUUGCACUGCUCUUGUCUGUCCUGCGAUGGAGCUCUAUAUAUGGACUCAGCAUCCUCUAGGGGGCGCUGCAGUGUGCCUAUGUUAUAGCCAGAUUGUUAUAUUGCUUUCUGUACAUGUAUUUAAUCUUCACUAGGGCUCAUGCACUCGCAUGUACUUAUUGUCCGCAUCCCAUCUGCAUUUUUUUUGAAAACUCGGAUGUGGACUCGCUCACUUCAGAGGGGCCACAAAAGAGGCGUACAGCCCACCUAUGAGACACCCUCUGUAAGGGGCCGGCCGUUCCGUAAAAUAUGGAGUAGGCAUCUGUGUUUUGUGGAUCCGCAAUUUGCAAAACAGCCAGCGGUCGUGUGCAUGAGCCCUUAUUGGUGUCUCUGUGACUUUAUAAGGUGCUGCUUGGGAAGCUUUCACAUCCUGCUUGGCACUGGAUGUCUUCUCCCCACGAGUCUGUUGUCCUGUUUACCCAAAGACUUCUUCGACCUCUUCUGUGGUGACUUACUGAGGUCAUUGAUGUUCUCACCAUCUCCAGUUUCCUUGGAGUCUGAGAAGACCAGUUAUGGUUGGCUUUAGACAAUUGAUGGUUCUUCUGAGUCUCCGACCAGGUUUCGAGACCUGUACCUUUUUGAUUUUAGAAGGUUUGCAUCCUAUACAGUUAAGCAUGGCGACCUUGGCUGCGACAUUUGCCGUAAAUUGCAUUGGAGUGUUAAUGAAAUUGAAUGGGGACUUGUCGCGCUCGGUCACGAGAUCCAGAUCUUCUGGUAAAUUUUGGACCGUGACAACUUGCUGUUUGCGAUGUGACCUUUAUUCACUUUCAUGGCAGCCAGAGUCGCCGUCUAACUCCAGUCUUGGUUAUGUUUAUGUCAGAGACUGCUUUCAAGGGUAUGGUCAGUAAAAGUUCUAGACCACCCAAGUUCCUGGUUAAAGGGGGUGUCACAUGAAGACCACCCCACAUAUCACAAUUCGUUAUGCUGUAUUUAAAGGGGUUGUCUGGUCCUAAAAUAAUAAUAAGGUAAGUCAUACUCCCCGUUCCCCCGCCGGUCUCUUCUUCCUGGUCCCUGUCGACACAUGGCCGCUCAGCCAAUCCUGGCGGGUCACCGCUGUGGUCAGCGAUCGGCUGACUGGUUUAUUUUCUGUCAAGAGGGUCAGAGAAGUAGAGAGCAGCGGGGGAUCGGGAAGGUGAGGAUUUAAAAAGGACAUUUUGGCUGUGGGUGUGAACCCAGUACCUCUCUGUACACAGUUACACUGGGGGUGUCCGAAUUACAAAAAACAUUGCAGCUUUUUUUUUUUUUUUUCACCAGUCUACAGGCGGUGAGUGGUAUGACACCGCCACCCCGGUCACUUUAACGAUGCUGAGCUGUAAUAUCACAUACAGCCCAGGUGUGGCAGAAAGCCACCAUGUUUUUCCUUGACACAUCGAGAUGUUCAGCUCUGCCGUAUAGACCUGUUCUUUCAUGUUUACCUCAGAAUAGGGAUAAUUAUUUUGUACACAAUUCUGUUGCCGUUAGCGCAUUGUUGUGUUUUUUUUUUUUUUUUAUUGUGAUAUUUUGUGUAACUAGUGUGAAAAUAAACUCUGGUUAUAAUUGGA